UGUUCGGUGGUCUCUGUUGAUGUUCCUGCAGACGCCAGUGACGAUGGCCACCAAGCCCGUGGAGUGGGUUUCGUCGCUCAUCACGCGUUUUGAGGAACAGCUGCCAUGCCGGAGUGGGCCCCAGACCACCCAUUCCCGGAUCAACGUGGAGCAGAACAAGGAAUGCCUCAUCAACAUCAGCAAGUACAAGUUCUCCCUCGUCAUCUCGGGGCUCACCAAGAUUCUCCACUCAGUCAACGAUGUGUUUGUCUACCAGAGGACGCACAGUUCAAUCCAGCCAGAGUUUGAGAAGAACUUCUACGAGUCGCAGCUCAUUGUGCUGGAUACACUAGAGAAAUGCCUCAGCAGGCAACCCAAGGAGACCACGCGCUACGACGAGACCAUGAACGUCAAGGCACUGCUGCGCGAGCUCUGCCAGUUUAUCGACAUGCCGGAUAGCCCCAUGGUGGUGCCGCUCAAGAACCUGGCCUCCAAAGUUCUCUUUGCGCUGAGCCUGAACAACUUUAACGCCGUCUUUAACCGAAUAUCUGGCAGGCUGCACGAGCUCUCCAAUGCUAACGAGGAGACGACAGACUUCAGUGACAUUGAACUCAUCCAGCACAUCAACGUCGACGUGACGCGGCUAAUCAAGCUACUCAAUGAGAUCAACUCGAAGUUCCGGUCACUGCGCAAGAAUGCCCACCUCUGCCUUAUGAGCAGCCUAGAGAAGGCCAUCUGGAAUUGGAUGGACACCUAUCCGCACGAGUUCAUGGAGCUACAGAACAAGCCUAACGACGAGCUGGCAGAUGCUUGCGACCGCAUGUUUGAUGUGCUGGAUAGCUUUGCGGAAAACAACAAGCGGCGGGCCCAGGCCUGGCCCCUGCAGAUCAUGCUGCUGGUCCUGUGCCCCAUCAUCCUGGAGGAGAUAGUGAAUGCCGACUCAGGGGCUCCCUGUUCACCACGCCAUCUGAAGAAAGUGAGUCCAAGAGCAUCUACACCAAAAAAAGUGUUCUACAACACAGUGUGCCAUGUGCAUUGA